AUGUUUGCGGAAGCUGUGCAGAAGCAGCGGCAGUCAGGGAUCCCAGCCUCUGAGAAAGAGCCGGAAGCGCCGGCUAAGCAGCAUGAUGUUGCGCGCGGCCUGGAGAACUUGCCUGUGACCUCGUGGCCCCCGGAGGUGCAGCCGGCACCCUUCCAGUAUACUCCCGAUCACGUCACUGGACCUGGAGCAGACGUUGAUCCCACUCAAAUAACCUUUCCCGGAUGCAUUUGUCUCAAAACUCCUUGCCUCCCUGGUACUUGCUCCUGUCUCCGUCAUGAGGAGAACUAUGAUGAUAAUUCAUGCCUGAGAGAUACAGGAUCAAAAGGAACGUAUGCCCAGCCAGUUUUUGAAUGCAAUACCAUGUGCCAGUGCAGUGACCACUGCAAAAACAGAGUGGUCCAGAGGGGUCUGCAGUUCCACCUUCAAGUGUUCAAGACAGAUAAAAAAGGCUGGGGACUUCGUACCUUGGAAUUUAUACCAAAAGGAAAAUUUGUCUGUGAAUAUGCUGGUGAGGUUUUAGGGUUCUCUGAAGUGCAGAGAAGAAUUCAAUUACAAACAGUACAUGAUUCAAAUUAUAUUAUAGCGCUCAGGGAACAUGUUUAUAAUGGACAGGUAAUGGAAACAUUUGUUGAUCCUACCUGCAUAGGAAAUAUUGGAAGAUACCUUAACCAUUCUUGUGAACCAAACCUGUUGAUGAUUCCUGUCCGAAUUGACUCCAUGGUACCUAAGUUGGCACUUUUUGCAGCCAAAGACAUUUUGCCAGAAGAAGAACUCUCUUACGACUAUUCUGGCAGAUUUCUUAAUCUAAUGGACAGUGAAGAUGGAGACAUGCUAGAUACAGGAAAACCAAGAAAACCUUGUUACUGUGGUGCCAAAUCAUGUACUGCUUUUCUGCCUUAUGAUAGUUCACUGUACUGCCCCUUAGAAAAGCCAAAUAGCAAUCUGGAUGAGAAUAAGAAGGAACCAAAGGUAUAUGGCUCAGCACCUUCUGGGUUCCCCUCUUAUAAGGAACUUAUCCUCGAGGUCAAUCUCUGCUCUGUGGCCAGCAAUUUGCUGGCCUUGUCCCUUUAG